GCGCGGCCCGCAGUCCCGCUCCGUCCGUGUCCGGCCUUCCCCCCGUCUGUGCCCCGCAGGCCGCGACCUCAUUGCGCAUGAGCGAGAUCGUGGAGAGCCCGUGAGAGCGGAGAGCGCCACUCACACUCACCGGGAGGCCGAGCACCAACAUGAACAAGUUGAAGUCCUCUCAGAAAGAUAAAGUUCGUCAGUUCAUGAUCUUCACGCAAUCCAGUGAGAAGACUGCCGUGAGUUGCCUGUCACAGAAUGAGUGGAAGCUAGAUGUGGCCACAGACAACUUCUUCCAGAAUCCAGAACUUUAUAUACGGGAGAGCGUGAAAGGGGCGUUGGACAGAAAGAAGCUCGAGCAACUUUAUAACAGGUACAAAGAUCCUCAAGAUGAAAAUAAAAUCGGUAUAGAUGGAAUUCAGCAGUUCUGUGAUGAUUUGGCUCUUGAUCCGGCCAGCGUCAGUGUACUGAUUAUCGCGUGGAAAUUUAAAGCAGCCACACAAUGCGAGUUCUCAAAGCAGGAAUUUCUGGACGGAAUGACAGAAUUAGGAUGUGACAGCAUAGAAAAAUUGAAAGCACAGCUACCGAAAAUGGAGCAAGAAUUAAAGGAGCCUGGGCGAUUUAAGGAUUUUUAUCAGUUUACAUUCAAUUUUGCAAAGAAUCCAGGGCAGAAAGGUCUAGAUUUAGAAAUGGCCAUUGCCUAUUGGAAUUUAGUACUAAAUGGACGAUUUAAAUUCCUAGAUUUGUGGAACAAGUUUUUGUUGGAACAUCAUAAACGAUCGAUACCAAAGGACACGUGGAACCUCCUUCUAGAUUUCAGCACAAUGAUAGCUGAUGAUAUGUCUAACUACGAUGAAGAAGGAGCAUGGCCUGUACUCAUUGAUGACUUUGUUGAAUUUGCACGUCCUCAAAUUGCAGGAGCAAAAAGUACAACAGUGUAGCACUGAGGAACCUUACAAAAUGUACAUAGUCUGUACAAAUUAUUGCAAUGGAAACUUGCACAGUCAAUUUCUUCUGACUGGACUGUAUAAAAGAUGAGCCCUCCGAGCAGUCCUAGAGGGUUGAAACAGACAUACGGAGACAUCUUAAAACCAUAUCCUAUUUCAUUCUUUUGGUGGUUUGGGCUUCUCUGCUAGCCUGGAGCGCAGUCUUCACUUUCCAAAACUGUGGAUUUAAUCUCAUAUCUGUGGACCAUCCUAGUUUAUUCUCUCCCUAAAUGUAAAAAUAAUUCUUAUGGCUUUUCCCAUAAAGCACAAUGCCAUCCUUAUUUGCUAAGUACACCACAGCCUCAGUGAAGCCGUUGUUCAGCAAUGUUAAAUCCUACAUUAUGGAGUCUACGUUAUUUUCAGUCUUGGGUGUCAAGACCGCUUAUCAACUUUUGUUAUUAACAAUGGAGCCUUCCUUGACGAUUCACUGUGCUAUGAAUGAACAAAGCAACACUGUAGGGCAGAUGCUUUCUAGAGUCUUGGGCUGUGUUGCAGUGUCUGAUGUUAUUUGGGAUCAUUACACUGUGUAUCAUUUUGGCAUCUGGAAAUCACGGGCUACUGGCAUCUAGCCCCAAGCUUUUUUGACGUCAAAGUAGUCCAUGCUGUGUGUCAUGAAGAAUAAAUGUGGUUGCCAUUGUUGCUGUUAAUCUUAACGUAAGAAGUAUUCAUCUCCUUGGGCCUCAUGCCGUGCAUACAGUGCCAUAAAAUAGCCGCAGAAUCAGCCCCGCAGCGAAUGGGUAACUAACUCUUCCUCCUGGUUUAAAGUACAUAUCUGCCUGCUCGAAAUAGAGGGUCAGCCGUAAUGUGGCUCGGCUUGUGUCAAGCCAUGAAUCAUUCACCGUGAUUAAAAUUAAAAAUAGAAGUGGUUGCAUUUGUAAAUGCAGCUUGGCUAAGGAAGCUGUCGCCUUCUUUCCAGCGAGUACUCAGAGUAUUCUUUUAGUGCCGCUCUGUCGGAAAAUGACCUAAAUACUGCAUUUUUCUCGUGAUAUGAGAUAUAAAAACAUUUAAUUUAUCUACAUCUUGUUUUUUUGUUGUGCUUUUUUUUUUUCUAAUAUACCACCCCCUUCCUUAGUCUUUCAUUAAGGUUAAUGAUUUGACAUAUUUGUGGCUUUACUGAACAGGUAACUAAACACAACUAAAGCAUGGUUAAUGCCAUGCUGAAAAGUCUCUUAGUUACUGUCACUCCUUCCAUGGUCUUAAAUUUCAGACGUUGGAAUAUGUGUUUUAUUGACUACCGUUCAUUCAUUCUGUUUAGCCUGAAGCUGCCCAGAUUCCAUAUCCCUAAUGGCGAUACGGUCAUGUGUAAAAGAGCAUCCUUCAAAAAGUGACAGUGGCUGAUGUCGCUGUAGAAGGACCCUUUAAUGCAUGGCUUUUGUACAGGGCUGGCCAUUGCCACUGGCUACCCAGGAAUUUUGCCGGUUGCACAAUUGAUUUAAAAAAAAAGUACAGGUUUUACAUGCAAUUCUCCCAAGAAUAUAUGUUUUUUUUUUUUACAGAUAAAUAAAUGUUUCCAAACCAUGAAAUGCUUACUGAAAUGACAUAUGCAGCCCCCUUUCAUUUUACAGCAACCUCCGACUCAGGACUGACAUCCCCAAGAGAAGUGGAGAAAAUUAAUGAAUAAAACAUCUCUUUUGUAAAAAA